AAACCCGUAUGUAUCAUUGUGGGGGCGGGACUAUAAUCCACUCUCUUCAGUGAUACUGAAAAGCAAGCAGGCCUGAGUGGAAACCGGUGGUGUUCUUUGACUCCUGGUCAGCCCCUCGGCCCCUCCUGCCUCCCUGACAUAUUCUCUCUUCCCGCCAGGGGUCGCCGUGGCCCUGAAACAAGCCAUGACUCCAGAAUUCCGGAUGUACCAGCGCCAGGUGGUGGCCAACUGCAGGGCUCUGGCUGAGACCCUGAUGGAGCUGGGCUACAAAGUGGUGACAGGUGGUUCUGACAACCAUUUGAUCCUCGUGGAUCUCCGUUCCAAAGGCACGGAUGGUGGCAGGGCCGAGAAGGUACUAGAAGCCUGUUCUAUAGCCUGCAAUAAGAACACCUGUCCAGGUGACAAAAGUGCGCUGCGGCCCAGCGGACUGCGUCUGGGGACUCCGGCUCUGACAUCCCGGGGACUUCUGGAAAAAGAUUUCCAAAAUGUAGCCCAGUUCAUUCACAGAGGUAAGAAGAAAGGGUUGGAAGUUGGCCACUUGAGACUGUGCGGAGUUUCUGAUGGCUGAGCAGCCGAGACCCAGCCGCUG